AUGAAGUUAGCGUUACAGGGGACAACCAUCGUUACCUCUUCUGGAGAUGUCGGGGUAGAUCAACAAAGUCAGUGUGGCGGUGCUGAGGAGCAAAUAUUCUCUCCACGUUCAGCAGCUUCUUGCCCGUACGUUUUAGCGGUCGGGAGCACUCAAUGGGAUCGCUUCACCAAUGCAACAAGACCUGAAGCACCGUACGAGAAAAUUAAUGAAGUUGCGACAACUGAGUUUGCAAGCGGCGGCGGCUUCAGUCAAAUAUUUGGGACCCCCGGCUACCAACAACAAGCCGUUACGGCAUACUUUGAUCAAAUUGAGUCUUCACUGCCCUUUAGUGACAAUAAUAAUUUCGGCAUCAAUGGAAACUAUUCAUCCGUCACUAGCGGCGUUUACCACCAUGGAGGUCGUGGAUAUCCAGACGUUGCUGCUGUUGGAGAUCGGCAAGUGGUCUUCACAGGAGGCAAAUGGCAGCUAAUAGGAGGGACUUCUCUCUCAUCACCUUUGUUUGUAUCAGUGAUAACCACUGAUCAACGAAGAACGACUCGAAGCGGGUAA